AUGGCUUUUGGGAAAAAGAAAGUCAGUCAACAACCAGUAGAAGAAGAAGAAGAUCAAUAUCCCAUACUUUACAAUGAUGAUGCCAUGGGAUUCGAAAGUGAAGAUGAUGAUUCUGGGGAUGAAGUAACGCCUCCACCACAACAGGAGGUGAAAAACACAAGCCGUAGUUAUCUGCCUUUGUUAAAUGGUGAAAUCACAAUCCUGUCAAGAAAAGUAGAAGGCAAGAAUCCAGGAGGUUCAAAGUGGUGGACUUGCAACCAUUGCAAGGAAACACAUAAAAGCUCCUAUACCAGAAUGCAUGUCCAUAUUUUUGGAUCGCGCCCCGGCAUAAAAGCAGACGUUAAACGUUGUUCUGCACUGCUGAACAACCGUGAUGCAUAUAGAAAGGUGAUGCAGAAAGUUAAAGAUGCAGAAAGUUCGGGGCAAGUGUCAGCAAGAUUGAAGAACUCAAUCCUCAUUAAACAUACAACACCAACUCCUAGCAGAUCCCCACUUGAAAUAGCAUUUGGGACCAUGGAAAGGGCAACAGUUGAUUUGAAAAUCAUGAGGUGUAUUUGUGCAAAUGCCAUAGCUUUUAAUUGUCUAAGAAGCCCUCAGUGGCAAGAGAUGGUACAUGCUAUUAAUAAUGCUCCAAAAGGUUACAAAUCACCAUCAUUUGAGAAAGCACGUACCACUUUGCUUGAUGAAUGUAAGAGGAGCGUCGAAAAAGAUUUGGCUCCAGUAAAAGAUACUUGGUACACUCAUGGUGUAUCUGUUGUCUCGGAUGGUUGGUCUAAUUGCAAAAGUGAUCAACUUAUCAAUGUCAUUGCAACAAACAGUAGAGGUGCCAUGUUUAUGUAUGCUGGAGUAUUCAAUGCGGUGGAGAAAACAGGGAAGGUGACAGACAAUGCUAAGAACUGCAUAGCUGCUGGAAGAGAAAUAGAAAAGGUACACAAACACAUAUUCUGGUCUCCAUGUGUAUGUCAUACUUGGAACUUGGUAUUUAAAGAUCUUGCUGCUGCUUUUGAUUGGAUGCGAGGCACUUACAAAUGUGGAAAAGAAGUGGUGAAUUUUUUCACUAGUCAUAAAUACUUGUUAGCAUUGUUUAAAGCUCGUUCAACUAGAAUUUUAUUGAAGGUAGCAAAGACCAGAUUUGGCAGUCACUACAUAAUGUUGAAGAGGUUACUCUCUUGUAGAGACGCACUUGAAACUACUAUUGUUUUCAAGGCAUGUAGAGAGUGGUUGAAGAGACAAGAUGCAGAUACAAGAGCUAUGGGUGAAUUGAUAACAAGAACUAUUCAAGAUCCACAUUUUUGGAGUGAAGCUCAAGAAAUUGUAAGUUUCACCAAACCACUUUACAAAUUACUGAAGUUCUGUGAUGGUGAUGGUCCUAAGAUGGGGGAAAUAUAUGAGAGAAUGGAUAACAUGAUUGGUGAAAUAAAAGAUAUUAUGAGGGAUAGCAAAUAUGUCUCUGAGUUUGCUAAAGUAGAAACAAUAUUGGUAACAAGGUGGGAUAAGAUGACCAUUCCUCUCCAUUGUUUAGGUUUUGCUCUUUCACCUCGUUUUUAUGACAAGAUUUACUUAGAAUCUCCUGCUCCUGGGGGGUAUACUAGAAGGGCUCCUAAUCUUGAUAAAGAGGUGGUUAUGGGUUGUAUGGAAGCAUUUGGGAAAAUAACUGAAGACAAAUAUGAAGAAAAAAAGUUACGUGAUCAAUUUACUGAAUUUCAGUUGAAGAAAGGGAUAUACUCACUGCCACAAGCCCAAAUGGAUGCUGUCACCAUGGAAGCUAUUGAUUGGUGGUCUAUGUAUGGAUCACAAACUCCCGAAUUGGCAGAGGUGGCUAAGAAGGUGUUAGCUCAACCCAUUAGUAGCUCUUUGGCAGAGAGGGCUUGGAGUACAUUCGGGCUUGUUCAUAGCUUGAAAAGAAACAGAUUAAAUUGUUCAACGGCAGAUAAGUUAGUUUACAUCCAUUCUAAUCUUCGUCUUUUGUCUAGGUUCUCUGAAAGUUACAAGCAAGGUCCCUCUAGAAAAUGGGAUAUUGAUCCUGAAAAUUCUUGUCUUGAAGACUCACCUGCUGAAUUAGAAGACAUGAGAUGGGCUGGAUUGGAUUCAAAUGUUGAAGAUGAAGAGGAUCUCACGAUAAUAGAUAACCCAUAUAAAAGAAUAAAGGUGGAAGCAAGUGAAAUAAAAAGUCAGAAGGCAAAGGGGAAGGGGAAGAAACAGAUGCAGUAG